GCCAAUCCUGCUGAAGAAUUGCUACUUGUUUAAGUACUCUUUCAGGUUUGCGAUUUAUUUCCUCCUAUGAGUCUGAAUCAAUUAUAUCACCCGCCAUUUCCUUUUCGAUUGGGAUGGAUUUUUAUACAAAUCUCUGAUUGUUCAUUCGUCCCAGUUGCGUAGCUUUAAUUUUAUCAUGACAAAUGACAAUGUAUGCUGUAUUUUGGUACCAAAUUUUUGAGCUCGUCUCUUUUCAUUUGUUCGUUUCGGGUUCCUAAUACUGUUGCUUUACCACUAUAUUUCGAGUCAGACACGUUAUAUAUUGUUAUGUUAGUGUGAAAGUGUUGUCAUGAAGCAAAUUAGUUCUGCGUUCAAAUGUUUUCCCACAUCUAGCUAUCCAGGUUGAAGACUGAAAGCAAUAUAAGUAACUUUUAUCCGUCGUCAUGUUAUUUUCUUCCUUCAAAAAAAUCUGCAACGGUAAUAAUUUAAUAGUGCAACUCUGUUCCAUGUAGAAAUUCGUUUUAGCUUCUCUUCCACAGCAAACGAAUUAACAACCGUAAAUCUAGAAUAUUUCCAGUUUUUUAUUUUUCUUCUUGCCAUCAUUGAGUCAAAAUCCCAUGGAAUCUCCUGAUCUCUUCCGUAAGACGUCUUAGAUGUGUCCAUCCACGUAGAGAAAAAGACAUGGGUUACACUCCCAAUAGGCCAUUCCAGAAGUUUAAAAGAUAAUGCAAGUAGUACCUGAUUCCUUACCGUCCACAAAUUGCGUAAUGUGGCCAAACAAGAUUUGGACAUGCACCAUGUAUGGCCCUGCAGAUCAACAGUAUAUACAUGAUACGAACAAGUCCGAAGUCUUGGUGUUGAACUUGUAAGUAGACAUCAGCUAGAAUGUUCUGGAUUUAUUCCCUACUAUAUAUACUACUGCAACCAUACAUCUGAUCAAUCUAGGUCCAAUGUUGCGGGAACAAAGCAGUCCUAUAUAAGUGGCAACAAUAACCUGCAGGUUAUUGAACUUUAAAGCUACUUGACAUUUCCAAGAACACACUGCUAACAUCUAGCAGCAGGUGAAGAACGAGCUGCUCAAAUGGCACACGAUCACAAGGUGCUCGACGCGCUCGACGCGGCCAAGACGCAGUGGUAUCACUUCACGGCGGUGGUGAUCGCCGGCAUGGGCUUCUUCACUGACGCCUACGACCUCUUCUCCAUCUCCCUCGUCACCAAGCUGCUCGGCCGCAUCUACUACUUCGACCCCAGCUCCAGGACCCCCGGCACCCUGCCGCCCAACGUGUCGGCGGCCGUCAACGGCGUCGCCUUCUGCGGGACGCUGGCGGGGCAGCUCUUCUUCGGCUGGCUCGGCGACAAGAUGGGGCGCAAGAAGGUGUACGGCAUGACGCUGAUGCUCAUGGUCAUCUGCUGCCUGGCCUCCGGCCUCUCGUUCGGGUCCGCGCCCAAGGGCGUCAUGGCCACGCUCUGCUUCUUCCGGUUCUGGCUCGGCUUCGGCAUCGGCGGCGACUACCCGCUGUCCGCGACCAUCAUGUCCGAGUACGCCAACAAGCGGACGCGCGGCGCAUUCAUCGCGGCCGUCUUCGCCAUGCAGGGAUUCGGCAACCUCACCGGCGGCAUCGUCGCCAUCAUCAUCUCCGCCGCGUUCAAGGCGCGCUUCGACGCGCCGGCGUACAAGGACGACCCAGCCGGCUCCACUGUUCCGCAGGCCGACUACGCGUGGCGCAUCGUCCUCAUGUUCGGCGCCAUCCCGGCGCUGCUCACCUACUACUGGCGCAUGAAGAUGCCGGAGACGGCGAGAUACACCGCGCUGGUCGCCAAGAACGCCAAGAAGGCGACGUCCGACAUGGCGCGAGUUCUCAACGUCGAGCUCGCCGAGGGGCAGCAGCAGAAAGCGGAGGAGGAGCUCGAGCGCCGCGAGGAGUACGGCCUCUUCUCCCGUCAGUUCGCCAAGCGGCACGGCCUCCACCUCCUGGGCACGGCGGUGUGCUGGUUCAUGCUGGACAUCGCCUUCUACUCGCAGAACCUGUUCCAGAAGGACAUCUACGCCGCCGUCAACUGGCUGCCCAAGGCGGAGACCAUGAACGCCCUCGAGGAGAUGUUCAGGAUCUCCCGCGCGCAGACUCUCGUCGCGCUGUGCGGCACCAUCCCGGGCUACUGGUUCACCGUCUUCUUCAUCGACAUCAUCGGCCGCUUCGCGAUCCAGCUCGGCGGUUUCUUCUUCAUGACGGUGUUCAUGCUCGGCCUCGCCAUCCCGUACCAUCACUGGACGACGCCCGGUAACCACGUCGGCUUCGUCGUCAUGUACGCCUUCACCUUCUUCUUCGCCAACUUCGGGCCCAACUCCACCACCUUCAUCGUGCCAGCAGAGAUCUUCCCGGCGCGGUUGCGGUCCACAUGCCACGGCAUUUCCUCAGCUGCAGGGAAGUCCGGCGCCAUUGUCGGUUCGUUUGGGUUUCUCUACGCGGCGCAGAGCACUGACCCGACCAAGACAGAUGCCGGCUACCCACCGGGCAUCGGCGUGCGCAACUCACUGUUCAUGCUCGCUGGAUGCAAUGUCGUCGGGUUCCUGUUCACGUUCCUCGUGCCCGAGCCUAAAGGAAAGUCGCUGGAGGAGCUCUCCGGCGAGAACGACGAUGAGGAGGCACCACCACCAUCUGGCCAGAGUAACCAGCAGACCGUUCCAACGAAUUUGAGCGAAUAAAUUACUGAUCUGUUACUCGCCAAUGUCUUUACUUCCGUAGAGGUAUAUGUACGUCCAUCGAAAUUCAGGAACUUAGCUGAAUUGGCAUGUUUGUAAUAUGACCAUAUUUCUUGUUAGUGGCUACUCAUCGAGCUUGCUGCCUGUCA